AUGAAAGCAAAUGGUCUUGGUGGGGGUCUUGGACUGUUAGUUUUGAUUGUCGGUGCUUGGUUGGGAUACAGAUUCCUAAAGAAACACCAUACCAUGAAACGCAGGGAGAUGUUCUUCAAGCGAAAUGGUGGAUUAUUAUUAGAGAAACAAUUGUCGUCAGGUGAAGUUAAUGUUGAGAAAAUCAAGCUAUUCAAAUCAAAGGAGUUGGAGAAGUCCACUGACAAUUUCAAUACUGAUAGAAUUCUUGGCCAGGGAGGCCAAGGUACUGUUUACAAAGGCAUGCUGACUGAUGGAAGAAUUGUUGCUGUGAAAAAAUCUAAAAUAGUGGACGAAAGCCAACUUUCAGAUUUCAUCAAUGAGGUUGUCAUUCUUUCACAAAUCAACCACAGAAAUGUGGUUCAACUAUUGGGUUGUUGUUUGGAGACGGAGGUUCCCAUUUUGGUUUAUGAAUUUAUACCUAACGGAGACCUUUCCCAGUAUAUCCAUGAGAAGAAUGAGGAUUUCCCACUUACAUGGGAAGUUCGCUUACGAAUUUCCUUGGAAGUUGCAGGAGCUCUUUCCUACUUACAUGCUUCAGCUGCCUUUCCCAUUUAUCACAGAGACAUCAAGUCUACCAACAUACUCUUGGACGCAAAAUACAGAGCAAAAGUUGCUGACUUCGGAACUUCAAGAUCAGUUGCCAUUGACCAAACUCACCUCACCACACUUGUACACGGUACAUUUGGUUACUUGGACCCCGAAUACUUUCAAUCAAGCCAAUUUACAGAGAAAAGUGACGUGUAUAGCUUUGGAGUUGUCCUUGUUGAGCUCUUGAGAGGGCAAAAACCAAUUUCUUUUAGAAGGUCACAAGAAGAAGGCAAAAGUCUUGCCACAUACUUCAUUACUUCGAUGCAGUUAGAUCGCCUGUUCGAAAUUCUUGAUGCUGAAGUUGUAAAAGGAGGGUCUAAAGCAGAUAUCAUAUUAGUUGCUAACCUUGCAAGCAGAUGUUUGAAUUUGAGUGGAAGAAAGCGCCCUACAAUGAGAGAGGUCACGGCAGAGCUGGAGGGGAUUCAAAUGUCAGAAAAAACUUCUAAUGGUGGACAAAACUACGAAGAGGUUGAAUAUGUUAGGACUGACCCAAUUGAGCCUUGGGAUGUUGCUUCAAGUUCAAUGGGAACAGGGCCAGGUUUGGAUGGUGGUCCUUCUUCAUCAUUACAUGAAAUUUCACUAUUACCUUACUGCUAA